AUGUCGUUACCACGUAGCCCGCCUCAGGGUUAUUUGGCGCCGUUACAACAAAGCAUGAGCGAUGAAGGAGUUGAAGGAAUAAACAGCGAAGGAGCUGGUGGAACAAGGAACGUGAGUUCGCCGGAGAUCAAUGCCACCAAGUUGGUUAAGUUACCUCAGCCAUUUUGGCGGGAAAUGCCCGCACACUGGUUCCAGAUUGCGGAGGCCGCAUUCGCAUUAAAUAAAAUCACCGGAGAUGACACCAAAUACCGGUACGUACUGACUAACCUGGAUCCGUCAAUAAUUCUAUUCAUUACAGAUAUCAUGAGCAAUCCGCCAGCGCAAGGCAAAUAUGAAGCUCUUAAAAAGAGAAUUAUAGAAUCGUUCGAUGAGUCACAAGAAUCUAAAUUAAGAAAAUUACUCAGAGGUCAAGAGAUGAACGAUAAAAAACCUUCACAUCUUCUUCAGCAUCUACGCAACUUAGCUGGAGGACAAUGUACAGACAACGUGGUGCGCAGCCUGUUUUUGGAACAACUGCCGGAGAGCGCGAGAGGAAUCCUAUCGAUAAGCCAAGUAAACGACUUAAAUCAAUUGGCGAUUCAAGCUGACAGAAUAAUCGAUAUCAUGAAGCCACAAAUAGCAGAAAUGCAUAAGGAGACACCGAAGAUUAACAGUGUAGACAGGUCAGUAGAAACACAAUUACAAGAACUGACCAAGAUGGUGCACAAGCUGUCAGUUGAGGUUAGUAGAGACAGGACGAGACAGAGAAGUAGAAGCAGACAUUUUCAACACAAAUCUAAGUCUAGAGAGCGAGAGAGUGUAGUCAGCAAUCGAACAGAUAACAACAACUACUGCUACUAUCACAAUAAAUUUGGAAACAAAUCGUUCAAGUGCCGUCAACCGUGUGCCUGGGAUAAGAAGACGCAGGAAAACUAA